GACGAGUUAUCACGAGUGAGAUUUCUCGGAUAGUUCUCGAGGAAUGUUCGUAAUGUUGAUGUAAUGCCGCUAGGACGGGUGGGCGCUGCAAGCGAAACUUUGCAAAAUGGAGAAGAUUCGAAAACUGUAUUUUCUUUGAUGGCUGCGUCUGUAAAAUCAAACGCAUCUCAUGAUGUCAAGAAUCGAUUUGCUACGAAAGAAGGGGUGUAUACGUUGAUGAACUUGUCCGAAUAUUGUAGACCAAAUAGGCUUCCCUACACUGUACAGCAUCCAUUUCCCGUAAGAAUCUCGUUUGUCACUUUGAAGGAGAAAGACUGCAGUUCAGACAGAAUUGCUUUUAAUGUUGGCAAAGAAUUGUAUGUCUACGUCUACAAGGGUGUCAAAAAGGCUGCAGAUUUAAACAAACCUCUUGACAAGCGAGGCUACAAAGGAACGUUUCCAACAUGUCAUGACUUCAACCUGCCAACAAGGAGUAUUCAAUUUCUUGAACUAAUCAUUGGGUUCUCUGCUGGACAGAUUCAACUUAUUGAUCCAAUUGGACAUGAUUUGAAUAAACUUUAUAAUGAAGAGCGACAAGUGGACAAGGCGUCUGUGAAAUGUAUAAAAUGGAUCCCAGGAUCUGAGAACUUAUUCUUGGCAGCAUAUGAUAGUGGCAAUAUGUAUGUGUAUAAUAAGGAGAACCCUUCUCUGCCAGAUGCACCAACAUUCUCUUUGCUAAAACAAGGACCAGGUUUUCAAAUCUUUGGAAACAAAACAAAGACUCUUGGGAAUCCUGUGUGCAAGUGGACAAUUGGCAAAGGAAGUAUUAAUGAGUUUGCUUUCUCACCUGACUGUAAACAUUUGGCGGUUGUUAGCCAAGAUGGCUACUUGCGAAUCUUUGAUUUUGAUGGUCAGUCAUUAAAUGGGAUAAUGCGUAGCUAUUUUGGUGGGCUACUCUGCGUAUGUUGGAGUCCUGAUGGAAAGUAUGUUGUUACUGGUGGAGAGGACGAUUUGAUUACAGUGUUCUCGUUUUAUGAGAACCGAGUUAUUGCAAGGGGAGUCGGGCAUCAGUCUUGGGUAGGUAUGGUACGUUUUGACCCUUACCUAACGAGCGUUAGUGGUGGGGGAACCAUGGACGACAGUGAUGAUGAAGGGACAGAACGGGACAUCCGUAAUUCCACGUACAGCGAGAGACAUAGUACUGUUGAUAUGGAUAGACCUAAUGCGUCAUACAGGUUUGGUUCAGUAGGUCAAGAUACUAUGCUAUUACUAUGGGACCUGACAGAGGAUGUCUUGAAACCAAUAAAGCCUAGAACUCGUAGUUUACGGGCGCAAUCUUGUCACACGGGGAACAACGUCCCCAAUGGUCCUUCCAAAGAAGUGAACCAUGUCAGAAACUAUAUAACGACGCACAAUUUAAGUUCGUCUGUUGAACAGUUAUUAGAUCUUGAUGAUAAAUCAUUUGGGUCAGUUAUUUGCCCUGUGUUUGAUGAUGUUCCACAGUUGGAACCACUGGUAGCGAAGAAGAUCUCAAUGGAAAGACUGUGUGGGCUGGAGUUCCGAGAAGACUGUUUAAUAGUUGCUUGUCAGGAGGGGUAUAUCAGUACAUGGGCAAGACCAGGCAAAGGGGCAAGUCCUGGAACAGUGGUCUAGCACUAAUAUUUGUGAUUGCAUAGAUAACAAAUGAAUUUUGACAAUUUCAUAAAUGUACUUGUUGUAUAAUAAAUCAUAGUUAGUAAAAUCAACUCAAAGAUGGCCGCCAUAGAGUUCUUGGCUUAACUUAUAACAAUUGUCAGAAUAACUACCAAAGCGUCCUGUUAUUUCAAGAUGGAGUCGGUUUUCUUUAGUGAACUGCAGGAUCUUUUAUCGCAUGCAACUAGUGGACAUGAAUUAGGUAGCAAGUGGAUGGAAAAACUCGCUGUAAAAUCACCAUGAGCGUGAAGCCGGAUAAAUACCUAGAAAGACGGGCUUUACAUGAUUUGUAUGAGGCUCUCCGUCUCGCAUGCUUAUAGGCCUGGUCCUCGAGGUUCUAUUUCAUUUAAAGCCCUACUUUCGAGGCGUUUAUCCGUCCUACAAUUAUUAUUACAUUUACAGCAAUGUCUUAUUAGAACAGUGUUAGCAUAUCACAUCACAGGAUAUGUGUAAUAAACGUUCAAGUGUUAUAAAAUUAGCAUGCAGUAAAAACCCACAUAAUACUUACGUACAAUUUUGGUAUGUAAUGACUGAAUGCCCCAAAAGCCCACAACCGUUUUUUAGCCCCGAAAAGUUUAGCUUCUUAUAUAUGCGGGGUUUAACUGUAGAUAUCUGUUGUUUUAUGGCGAAGGCUAAGCUGGUGAAAUUACAUUUGACCGCCGUAUUCAUUUGUAUAAGAAAACUGUAAUUAAACUAGUACGGAUGUAAACUAUAAAACAUUUUAGGCAAAAAACAUGAUUUUUAGAUGACGUUUAAUAUAAACACGCGUGAAAUCUUGAAAUAUUUUGCGUCGAAAUGUGGCAGAUUUACAUGUAAUAAAAACAAAAGCGGGAGU